AUGCUGCAUGUGAGAAUGCUCUCUGGUGGAGACAUGGCCAUACCUCUUGAGGAGAUGGAGAUCGAUGACGUCAAGGGCUUGAAGCGACACCUGGGUCACCUACAUGGAUUUCCUCUGGGAUUUCGGCAGAGGAUUCUGUUGGAUGGUAAGGUUCUGGCGGAUGUUGCCAAGCUGGACUGCUCAAUGGAGCUGGAUCUCGUUCUCUUGAACUUCGCCGAGGUUUCUCAGGAGCAGGUGAAUGACUUUGUAGCCGCUGCUUAUCACGGCUCCAAGGCGGAGGUGGAGUCCAAGCUGCAGCUGCCCCAGGAUCCCGACUUGAUGCGGACGGAGGGAGUCACAGCGUUGAUGGCAGCAUCUUACGGAGGUCGUGUCGAAGUCGUGAGCUUACUGCUCGAGGCCGGAGCAGACACGAAUCUGGGAGAUAGCGCUGGCGAUCUUAACGCGUUGAUCCAGGCAUGUCACGGAUGUCAUGUCGAAGUAGUCCGCCUGCUGCUGGAGGCCCGCGCCAAUGCGAACGUGGCGGGUGGGAGGGGCAACACACCUUUGGUCAUGGGAUCCGACAUAGGUCAGGCCGAAGUAGUCCGCCUGCUGCUGGAUGCCGGCGCCGACACAAACGUGACAGACAUCAUCGGCCACACUGCCUUGAUGUCGGCAUCUGGGAAAGGUCAUGUCGAAGUAGUCCGCGUGCUGCUGGAAGGCGGCGCCAACACGAACGUGACGAACGGCAACGGCUACACAGCUUUGAUGUCGGCAUCUGGGAAAGGUCAUGUCGAAGUAGUCCGCUUGCUGCUGGAAGGCGGCGCCAACGCAGAUGCCAAGGACAGAGGCGGCUGCACAGCAUUGAUGUCGGCAUCUGAGAACGGUCAUGUUGAAGCAGUCCGCUUGCUGGUGGAUGCCGGCGCCGACACAAACGUGGCAGACUUCGGCCGAACAGCUUUGAUGUCGGCAUCUGGGAAAGGUCAUGUCGAAGUAGUCCGCUUGCUGCUGGAAGGCGGCGCCAACACGAACGUGACGAACGGCUACGGCUACACAGCUUUGAUGUCGGCAUCUGGGAGAGGUCCUGUCGAAGCAGUCCGCUUGCUGCUGAAAGCCCGUGCCGAUACCAAGGUGAUGGCCCGUGGCGGCGGCACAGCUUUCAUGAGGGCAAUGCGCUUCAUGUACGAUCUCUUCAAGUCCGCCAAGCAGACGCAGGCUGCACAACAGAAGAUCCAGGAGCUGAUUCAGGAGAAUCUGGUGGAAGGCAGCCUCGGGCUGGCCGAGAUGUUCUGGGUGGUGCGCUUGCCGGAAGCAUGGGCCAAAGAGGAUCACAUCAUCAAGGAGGCAGGUGGUGUUGGGCAGCUUGUUGCAGUGACUACACAAUUGACCGCUGCCGUCAACAUGGCGUGGUACCCUGUGCUGCUGCUGGGAUGCGCAGUCUUGUCUUCGGCUGCCCCAAGCUUCACCGUCAAGGGAAGUCGACCUACGAUCCUCGAAGGGGUGGGUUUUCAGCUGGACCUUACCUUGAGCUACCCUUCCGGUGACAACUUGGCCGCUGGGAGCAACAUCUACGUGCGGGUUCAGAAGGGUGGUCAGUCCGUCUCUGGCGUAAAGACCUACCCCCUCUAUUCCGGCGACGAGCUCCGGACGUCACUGACCCUCAGCGACCUGGUGCUGAACGAAGUAGGCACUCAUGAGCUGACUGUGGAUGUUGCAUACUCCGCAGACUUCCUUGGAGCUUCCUCGGGGACAUACGAAGCGUGGGUGAUCUCCGGCUUCGUAUCCCUGCUGCCACCGCUCUUCGUGGUUCUCGUGGCUGGAUUGACUCAGGAAGUGCUCUGGGCACUGUGGGUCGGCUUGUUCGUGGCCGGGGCCAUCGUCCAUCAGGGGAACAUCUUCGAUGCGUUCCUGAGGACGCUGGACACAUACUUGGUGAACUCCCUGGCAGACUCAGGCCACGCCUUCGUGAUUCUUUUCUCCUGGUUCCUCGCUGGACUCGUGGCAGUUGUGCAGAAGUCGGGCGGUGGCCAUGGCAUUGCCAACAUCAUGCUGAAAAGGAUCUCGACGCGACGUGGUGUCCAGCUAGCAGUGUACCUUCUGGGCUUCGUGAUCUUCUUCGAUGACUAUGCGAACACGCUGAUUCUCGGCAACACCAUGCGAGGCAUCUCUGAUGCUUUCUUUGUGAGCCGAGAGAAGCUCGCCUUCCUCGUUGAUGCGACCACUGCGCCGAUUGCUUCCUUGGCUCCGAUCUCCUCCUGGAUUGGCUUUGAGGUCGGCCUCAUCAAUGAUCAGCUAGAGACCUUGAAGGGGCUGGGGUACACAGAUGCCCUGGCGGAAGCCGGUCUCACAAGCGGCUAUGGCAUCUUCCUGUCCUCUCUGGCAAGUCGGUACUACCCUAUCUUCAUGCUCGUCUUCCAGCUGAGCCUCAUUGUCUUCCAGCGCGAUGCUGGCCCAAUGCUCCAGGCAGAGCGCCGUGCCUUUGACAACAAGCAGGUCAUUUCACCCACGGCCAAGGAGAGUGAGGUCACGCUCGAUUCAUCCAUGGAGCCAUCGGAGAGCACGCCCAAGUUGUGGUGGAACAGUGUGGUGCCAAUUCUUUCGACUCUGAUCGCUGUGUUCGCCGCCCUGCUGGUCACGGGCUACAACACCACGGUGGAUGGUGGCCAGGAGAUGACUGCAGAGAACUUGUUCGGCAACGGGGACUCUUACUCUGCCCUUUUGUGGGGAGGAUUCAUCGGGAGCGUUGUCACCUGGGUCUUUAUCCGUUUGCAGUACCAGUACAAGGGUGAGAUCUACAAUCAGUGGAAGCACUGGGUGGCGUGCGAUUUCCGCAUGCAGAUCGAUGGAGAUGACGCCGAGGCGCCACGGCCCAUUCUCAACUUCAAGGAAUCCCUGGAUGUGUGGAUUGAGGGUGUGAAGGGCCUCACUGCUCCGGUCUUGGUGUUGCUCAUGGCCUGGGGGAUUGGGGCUGCGGUGAAGGAUGUCUCGUGCGACCUCUUCUUCGCCAGCGUGUUCUCUUCGGAUUCCUUGGAUUAUCGCUCCUUGCCGACACUCACGUUCCUGAUCUCCUCGCUGAUGUCGUUCUGCACGGGCACUUCAUGGGGAACCAUGUCCAUCAUGUUCCCGCUUGUCUUGCCAGCGGCGUGGAUCAGCUCGAACGGAGACCAAGAAAUCUUCGUGCUGGUGGUCUCUGCCAUUUUGGCGGGAUCUGUUUUCGGAGAUCAUGCAACGGCCAUCUCGGACACCACCAUCCUCUCUUCCAUGGCUACCAAGUGUGACCUCCGCCACCAUGUUGUGACACAGCUUCCCUACGCACUCUUCGUAGCCGUUGUUGCGAUUCUCCUGGGCUACCUUCCAGCCUCCUUCCUCCUUCCAGCUUGGCUGGGCCUGCUCCUGGGCAUCGUCGUGAUGUUCCUCGCGCCUUUGGUCUUCGCGGAGAAGGUGGACCAUCCCCAGCGGCGUCUGGAUCCAACGAUGAGGGUCCUGGAGUGGGCCCGAGUGACCCUCCUGAAGGGGAAGCCUACUGAGACGGCUCCAAUCAAGUCCGAGAGUGAGAAGGAGGAGAAGGAUGUCGGAGACCGGGCUUUCUGA